UGAUGGGAUGGGAAAUGGCGGCUGUUCGGGGGCUGCAUUUACUUUGAACGAGGCUAGUUUUAGUAGCAGGACGUCGUUCAGCCUUUUUCUCGUAGUUUAGCUGAAGUUUAUAACCGAAGUUGGGUUUUAUCCAACUUGAGGUUAUGCCACAUUUCCUUGGGUACACGUAAGAUGCCUUCCCAAAAGCAAAACCAUUAGCUGGGCACGACUUUGUUUGACGAAAGGAGGGAACAAAGCUGGAGUGAUGAGAUGGUUUUAUGAAAAUGGAAUUGCUUUGACCGUUUUAACUUUGUGUAAAUGAGUUCCUCCUACAUAAAUCCGACGCUACUUUAUGAAUCCAGUGUGAAGACAGUGAGUGUAGAAAGUAAACUUAGGCUCGGAGUGGAUAAUGUUGGAGGAGAUGGCUGCGUAGAGACUAUAAAUGUCAGGUUUCAGCCUCUUUGCUAUGGAUCUACUGUCACAUGAAGCUCUGCGGCGCUACGGUGCACUUUAACGAGGUUUUCUGGUAGCUGUAAAUUCAGACUGGACGUUGUUAGAAACCUACUUUAGUGGGACAGAUCUCUGGUUCCCACUGACAUGGAUAAUUCCAAGCCACGGUACAGCAAAAGGCUGCGGGCAGGUACCCGGAGACGUUACCAUGACGACGGCAUCUCGGACGAGGAGAUUGACGGAAGAAGGAUGUUUGACCUGGAGGAGAAAGUCAACAGUCAGAGGUUCAGCUCUGACCGGGUCGUUCGUAUGGAGGGCAGAGAGCUCACAUACGAGUUCGUCCAGAGGGGCGGCCUGAGGGACCCGAUCCUUUUUGAGAAGCCCGAUGGAUUGGGAAUCAAGAUGCCAGAUCCAGACUUCACCGUCAACGAUGUCAAGAUGUUUGUUGGUAGCAGACGGAUGAUAGACGUGAUGGACGUCAGCACCCAGAAGGGGACGGAGAUGUCCAUGGCCCAGUGGACACGCUACUACGAGACCCCUCCUUCUCAGAGAGAGAAGCUCUAUAACGUCAUCAGCUUAGAGUUCAGCCACACCAAGCUGGAGAACCUGGUCAAGAGACCUUCCACAGUCGAUCUGAUAGACUGGGUGGACAACAUGUGGCCUCGUCACCUGAAAGAGAGACAGAGAGACUCCACCAACUGCAUCAAUGACAUGCAGUAUCCCAAAGUCCAGAAAUACUGCCUGAUGAGUGUUGAAGGCUGCUACACAGACUUCCACAUCGACUUUGGAGGGACCUCGGUGUGGUAUCACAUACUGAGAGGGAGCAAGGUUUUCUGGCUGAUCCCUCCGACCCCUCAGAACCUGGAGCUCUAUGAGAACUGGGUGCUGUCGGGGAAACAAGGAGACGUUUUCCUCGGAGACAGAGCGUCGGACUGCCAGAGGAUUGAACUGAAACACGGCUGCACCUUCAUCAUCCCCUCAGGUUGGAUCCAUGCCGUCUACACCCCUGUGGACUCGGUGGUGUUUGGAGGAAACUUCCUGCACAGCUUCAACAUCCCGAUGCAGCUUAACAUCUGUAAUAUAGAGGACAGAACACGAGUCCCAGUGAAGUUCCGGUACCCCUUCUUCUAUGAGAUGUGCUGGUAUGUGUUGGAACGCUACGUCUUCAGUCUAACCAAGACCUCCUACCUCACACCAGAGUUCCAGAAACACUCGCUGGGCAUCGGUCUGAAAAACCCAGCCGGCUCAGAUGCUGCCAGUGAUCAAGUAAAGGAAGAAGAAAGUGGCGGCAGCAAUGACGAGGCUUCAGGACAGCCGGCUGAUCAACCUUCAGCUAAGGUCCAUCUGACCCCACUAGAGGUGGAGGGACUGUGGAACCUGCUGGGUAAACUGGAAUCUCUGCCCACUAAUAAAAAGUGUGUCCCAGCAGGGAUACACAACGCCCCGGCACUCAUCACACACAUCAAGGCGCUACUGAAGGAACAUGCCAGCGACAAUCCCAAACUGUCUUACACUGGAAAACCCAUCGUCAAGUGGCCAAAGAGGCCCUCCUGGUACCAGCCUCCUCCUCCUCCACCGCCGCCUCCUCGUCCUAAACUGGCCUCCACUCCUAUCAUCCCACGACCUCAGAAACCAGCGUCUUCCAUGUCUGUGCUGAGGCGGCGCAGGGUCAGAUGUAAACGCUGUGAAGCCUGUAUGAGACCAGAGUGUGGAGACUGCAACUUCUGCAGAGACAUGAAGAAGUUUGGAGGACCAGGAAAGCUCAAACAGACCUGUGUGCUGCGCCAGUGUCUCUCCCCCGGCCUUCCUCUGUCUGCAGUCUGUGAGAUUUGCAAGGAGCCCAAUCAGGAGGAAACUGGAGACCCUUCCCUUACUCUGAUGGAGUGUUCCAACUGUGCUCAGAUCGUCCACCCUGCCUGCCUUACGGUUCGGGGUGAAGGAGUGGUGAAUAAAGACCUGCCCAGCUGCUGGGAGUGUCCAAAGUGUGUCCAGGGGAUCACAGAUCCAGAGUCGUCAGGCAGCGAUGAAUCGUUGGCUGCUGGCCACGUCCGUCCCCACGGCCCCCUGGUCCUCAGGCUGGGCCCCGGGCCCUCUGCUGCUUUAGGGGGUCCUAUGGGCUCCCAGCAGGACGGGGAGGUUGUCCGCUGCGGUUUCUUCCCUCCUCCUCCUCUUCCUUCCUGCUCUUCCUACUCCUCCUCCUCAGCGUCACUUCUAUUGGUGGCGGCCCCUCUGCCUUCUCAGCCAAUCAGCUCGAGACUGUCUAAAGGUGACAGAGGUGAUGGCCUUCCAACGAAGAGGAAGUCUUCGUCCCUGCUGGAUGCUCGUAUGGCUAAGAUUUAUCGACGACAGCAGCACAGCCGUGAUGGAGACGACUCUGCCAGUGAUGACGAUGAUGAAGCAUCUCAGAAGAGAAAGAUGACAUUGCACGCCCGUGGAGGGAGCCACUCCUCCAGGAGGGCGUUCAGUGCCAACAGACGAAGCCUGCUGAGAGGAGGCCCCGCCCACAGAGGAAGCAGAGGCGUGCUCGUCACUCCCGGCUCCUCCUCCCUCCUCAAGUUGAAGCGAGGGAUCGGCAUGAGGGAGGGAGGACGAAGGGGACGAGGAGUCCGGCUGCGAGGAGGCUCCAGGAUGCAGCGUAGAGGAGACGACUCUGAGGACUCCGAAGAUGACGAAGACGAUGACGAUGAAGACGACGAUGAAGAAGAAGAGGACGACAGCGAAGACGGAGAGAAAGAGCGGCAGCAUCGUCGACGUAGGAGAAGGCAACGGACCGACGAUGAGGACGAGGAUGAAGACAGCGAAGGGCAGGAGUUUGAACCUGAGGAGGAGAUGGACAUGCUGGAGGAUGAAGAAGAGGAGGAAGAGGAGGAGGUGGAGGAGGAAGGGCGCUGGGAUUCAGACCCUGAACCGCCAGUCCUCCUGGUGUCUGAUCUGAAUGAUGACCUGCUGAGCGGCUCCUACCUGACGGUCACCCUACAGCACCCCCACAAAGCCAAGAGACAAUCUGGUUCCAUAGUUCCAAAGUUAGAAGCAGCCAUGGGUCCAAGAACACCUGCAGUGGGCGGUGGUGGUCAGCAGGGCUUCAUCCAGAGGAAGACCGCUCUGUCCAAACAUUCACGACUCAAGAGCAACGAGUUCAUAGCCGACAGCAUCACCCCGAGAGGACCUGGCAGGCCUCGUCUGCGGGGUAGCUGUGAAGACAGAAGCACCAGAACUCGCUCUGCGUCUUCUUCAGAUGAACAGGAAGCCGCUGCUCCUCCUCCGUUUUCCUCUCUGUCUCCUCCAUCUCUGCUGUCUCUGCCGUCCUUUAAAGAGGCGGGAAACGAAAGAGUUGGGGAGAAGGAAGUCUGGGUGUCCGUGUUCAGAUACCUGAACAGAGCUGAGCUGCUGGCGUGCAUGACCGUCUGUAAGGCCUGGUAUAAGUGGAGCUGUGACAAACGUCUGUGGAGUCAUGUGGAUGUGAGUCGCUGCCGGCCGCUCAGUAACCAGGCGCUGGCAGGCAUCAUCAAACGCCAGCCCACCUCUCUGGAUCUGUCCUGGACACCACUGGCCAAAAGACAACUCAACUGUCUGCUGACCAGACUCCCCGGUCUGAGGGAACUGAGGGUGACCGGUCUGUCCUGGUCCUGUCUGUCGGCGCUGGUGUCUCCCACUCUGCCCCACCUCCGGCUGCUGGACCUGCGCUGGUGUGAAGGUCUGCAGGACGCCCAGAUUAAGGAGAUCACCACCCCGCCUGGUCUGGAGUCGUCCCGCAGCAGACUGAGGAACAUGGUGACGCUGCGUCUCUCAGGACUGGACGUCAGUGAAUCCACGCUGAGGCUGCUGCAGCGCCACAUGCCCCAGCUGGAGAGGCUGGACCUGGCUCACUGCAAGGAGGUGACCGACUCGUCCAUCGCCCUGCUGGCCGCCGCUGGAAGCCACACCAGGAACAACCUCACAGAGCUCACUCUGGCAGGCUGCAGUGAGCUGACGGACGGAUGUCUGUCCUACCUGAAGCGUCUGUCCUCGCUGACCCUGCUGGACCUCAGAGGCUGUUCUGGGAUCAGCAGACGGGCCUGUGACUCGUUCAUCUCUGACCUGUCCCAUGUCGCCCUCUACUGUAUGAUGGAGGAGAAGCUCAUCCAGCGCCUGGACUGACACACGCAGGACAUUGGAGGACACUGGAGGAGGAGAGGGCGUGUUUUUCAUAUGUUCACCCCCUGCUACUGUUCUCAGUAACGUGAUGAACGAAGCAUUAAACCACCAACCUGAAGUCCUCCUGAAUACUCCUGAAAUCACUCUUUAAUCUGAUGCAGGGUUUUAGCCACGCCUGGGGUAAACACUAUCCUUAAAAAUCACACAAUUAGCUGCAAACAUUUUGUCUUCUUCACCUCGUAUCAGAGCUGGACGUCUCCAUAAUGUAGAGGCAGGAAGCAGCGCUGGGCUUCUCCAGUGAGUUUCAUGGAACAGUGUUUCUGAACUGUGGAUUCCAUGUGUGUAAAUAUGUUAUUUUUGUGUGAUAACUGACAUUGCACAAUGUGAAAACUGAAUAAAAUGUGAAUAGUU